CCUAAAUUCGCACUCUUCGCUUCUAUUCCUGGUUAGGUCUUAUAAAUGUAUAUAAAUUUCCAUUCGAUAAUUUCCUUCUAUACAAUACCCUUCAACUAAUAUUCAAUCGAGUCAGAGAUGCCAAUGAAAAUAUUUUUUUCUUAAUUAGUGGAUUUUAUACCUAACUUUGGCAGUUUGGGGCAGUACGAUAUAGAAAGCUAUUAUGGUCUAAGUACCACCAGAUGUUAUAAAGUGUUCAACCAAUCAGAACGCUUGAUUGAUACAACUAAAAAGCAUAUCAAGUAGAAAUUAAGUAUUUUAUUCUUUAUUUAGAAUCGGUGUCAAAAAGCCCACCAGUUUGCCAUAUUGAAAUGUGAGCAUUUUGUUUUGUCAUCAGAAUAGUUGGAUAUUUUACAGGAGAGAACAUUUCACGCGCACUGUCCGACUUUGGAAGAAUGGAAAAGGUUUUUCUCGGGAUCAUUGUUGGAUUGAUGUGCGUGACAGCAUUGGUUGCAAAUUUUCUCGUCAUUUUUGUCGUGUAUCGCAACACAACUCUUCGACAGCAAUUCUCAAGUGUAUUUAUUGUCAACCUUGCAACGUGCGAUUUUUUAAUGGCUCUACUUUCCAUGCCGUUCUCGUUGGGCGCCUUAGUACGCCAUGACUGGCCAUUCACGACGCUUCUUUGUCAUUUUAACGGAUUCUCGAACCAAAUCCUGGGAAUUUCCGCCAUCUUGACGUUGGCUGUAAUCUCAAUCGACCGUUUUUACGCCGUCAUAAAACCGCUCAAAUAUCGCGCAAAAAUGACGAUGCAAAAGGCGUUCAAUUCCGUUUGUUAUGUUUGGAUACAAGCUGCGUUAUUCGCCCUAGUCCCCACUCUGUACGGGUGGUACGUAUUCAACGAGAACUAUUUUUUCUGCACUUUCUCCUCAGUGUACCGCGACAGAUCUGAAAUCGCGUUCGCGUACUGUCUUUAUUUGUUCAAUUUUGGAGUUCCGCUCGUGAUUAUGCUCGUUGCGUACUAUAAAAUUUUCCAGGUGGCAAGACGACAUUCGCAACGCAUUGCGCCAGCGGUUGUCAGGCUUGGAACAUUUGGAAUUCAAAAUCUCGCGGAUAUUCGUAAGGAAAUCGGAAGGCAACGCGAAGCGCGUGCUGCGCGCAAAAUAAUUCUUGUGAUCGCAGCGUUCUUGUGUUGUAACGCUCCGUACACCGCGAUGAGGUUACUGGAGUUGCUCAACGGUUGCAAGCUCAAGUUACCAAUGAUCGUAACAGUGUGCGCAAAGUUGUUGAACUUUUUGAAAAGUUCUCUAGAUCCUUUGAUCUAUGGACUAUUUCAGAGACGUUUUCGUUGUGCGCUCUCCGCUAUAUUUCUGCCAAAAACAAAGUGCCGCGAACGUCCGAAUUUUAGACCGCCACUAAAUCGAACUCUUUCGCAAGACAGAAGAAGCGAUGGAAACAAUACUACCAGUGAUUCACUCACACCAACAGACUCGCCAAAUACGACAUACAAACAAUUUUGGCUCUACUAGACUACCAUGCCAGAAUUCAACCUAUAGAUUGCGUUCACGAGAUCGGACGGAAGUAUACGAAAGUUUUUUGGGUUCCCCUUGUUCAUACGGAAAUUUAAACGGUUAGCUUUGGUUGAAGUUAUUAUUAUUCACAUUUAUUUACGACAUACGGUAGCUUUUCAGAAUAUCUGUUUUUCAAAGGGCGGUGCUCACUAUCUACAUAAAUAUUAUUGAACGGUGAUUGGCUAAGAGCCGUGUUGAUAUAACUCAAUGUCAACACGGAAACGUCGGAAAAUUUCUUUAUGUUUCUUUGUGCUAUAUAUUCUCGUUUUCCCAAUUUCCACUCGUGUUCAUAUAACUGUAUAUCAACACGGAAAAUGUUUUAUAUUUGUUAAAUAUAACACAUUGACAUAAAUACGGGAAAUUUUUAUAAAAGUUAAGAAGUGGAAGUGGUUAGUUAUCUAGAUGUUUUUUGAACCAAUUGAGAGACAUAGAGUUAAGAUUAGUUUGAAUAUGGUCAUCUAGACUAUUUCAGCUCACAGCUCUUUUGCAAGAACUUCUCUUGUGGAAGUUGGUUUUGGGCUUAUCUAACGAAAUAUUAAUUUAUAUGGUUGCUACGCAAGUUGUAACGCGGAUUAUCGCAAAAGUUCUCAGUAAGUUGUACCCAGAGCCAUCGUGGUUGAACCCAUCCUCGUUCCCAGGGCCUCACGGCCGCUUACGACCUUCAUAGGCCCUGGAAUACACGGAACCGGAAGUGCAAGAAAACUUGCAGUAGUUUCUAAAGCGCAUGCUCUUGAAUUGGGACGCUUCAGCAACCGUAACAAUAUUCACAGACAAGUAUUACGAAGAAACGAAGUAUUUGUGUUGACAUAUUUUGAUAGAAAUAUUUUUCAAGGCGAAAAUUGCUCAACUGCGAAUAGCAGUUCUCUGAGAAGCCAAUCAGAUCUCUCCCUUUAGUCGUCUAACCAUAGAUAUCUUAUAUACACUAGAUAGUGUAUCUGUCUAAUUAUUCUGCAAUUCAAAAAUUGAAGCCGUGAUUGCAGGCUCAGAGUAUUCCCAUGAAAUGAGAAGAUUCGUAUGUUUUCUAUUUCUUAAACAAGGAACUUAAACAUUAAGUUAAACCUAUUCCAAAUACAUUUUCAAACUAUUCAAAUGAUGUUGUUUUUUAAACGUUUAUUAGCGAGUGGGAAACACCAACAUGUCCGCCAUCUAUUCAAAUGGGGGUACCGCUGGAAUAUUCUUGGCUUCAAUUUUACUAAAGGAGAUGCGCUAUCUAGUGUAUAUAAGAUAUCUAUGCGUCUAACCCAGAGCCUAUACCUCAGUUUCAACGAGUGACCCAACCUCGUACCCAGGAUAUGACAGAAGGAGAGACCCUGGGAACGAGGUUGCGAGUGACCGAGCGAAAAUGGCUCUGGGGACGAGAAUGGGUUGAACCCUAAUCAUGUAAAGCAAAAACGUUUUCUUUUAGUUAGUAUAUUCAUCAAAACAUUCUAGACUUAAACAUUUGUCAAGAAUAGCCAUAUACAUCAUGUCACGUUUUUAACUAUAUACACUAUAUCUUAAUUGUCAGUUUUUGUUUUUGUGAAAAACACGACGUUUACUUAUUCGGUAAAGGUUUGUGUCCGUUAUUGUGCAAAUAACAGACGAGCAAGUUUCACUUGUUCGUGU